AUGAGAUGCUUCUUAUCACGGGUUUUGCUGGUUGCGGCUUUCCUUGGUCUCUCUUCUGGACAAACAACGACAUGUCCCGGCGCUGCCGAUGGAACUAUAAUCAACAAUAGCGCUGGAGUGCCAUAUCGUAUCUACUGCGCUGGGGAUUUCUCCCAAGAUCUUACGGUUGUGAACGCCAUUCGGUCGUUUGAUGCGUGCCUUCUUGCAUGUGACAGGACCGCCCGUUGUUUAGCUGCGGUAUGGGAUAAGAGCGAGACAUGCUAUCUGAAGCCUGCCAAUGGAGUCCUUAGCAGCGGCAAUGCAUACGUUGGGGUAAGAGUCAAUGGUGCGGUUGGGGCAACAUUCUCUACCACUUUUACACCUACAUUCACACGGACGGAGACGACGAGUAACAUCGCUACAACUACUGCGGUGACGACGCGAUUGGUAACGUUUACGACUACAUCAGUGCAGACGUCGCUUGUGGUUUCUACAGCGCCUGGCACUACUGUGAUUUCGACACAGACCAACACGGCUACUACCACUGUCCUAUCGAGCUUUCCUGUCACCACGACCAUAGUCUCAGUACAGACCACCACCUUGACCACGCGUACUGUGGAGACCUCUUUGAUUGUUUCAAUGGCCCCAGGAACCACUGUCACAAAUACCCAGACAAAUACCGCAACGAGCGUUAUCGUGUCUAGCAUCCCGCUUUGUCGAGACUACCACUCGGCCAUCGAUUCUCGUAUCAACAGCAACCGCGACGGCCAUUCAGACGGUGCCAGGACCGCCAGGGCCAACUACGACCGCUAUCCAGACCCAAUCCACGGUGGUCGUCUCGACAGUGCCUGGAAAUACGAUUGUGUCCACUGCGUUCAGCACCAUAGUCUCUACGGUAACCAGCACGAUCACGACGACGGCUACCAAUUCUGCGGUCUCGACAUAUGUUACCACUUUUGUCACGAGUUAUGUAGAGACUGUCACGCAACUGGUCGUGUCUACGGCGAGAGCAACCGAAACUACAACAGCGAUAGUUACAGGACCCACACAAACGGUGUCGGGACCCACCAUCAUAAGAACCACAACUGCAAUAGGCACAGAGACGGUCUCUGGUCCAGUCCAAAGUGCUCCUGCGGUGACGAUAACAGUGUGAGCGCAGGACCACGACGACCACAACCUCCUCCUUCUCCAGCAGCAGUAUCACACCGCGAUCCGUAUCCAAUACGCUCACAUCAACGAGUCCACCGCCAACAAGAAGUUCGUCCUUGUUAG